AUGCACUCUCUGAUGCGAAGGUAAAGUUGGAGAUCGAUGAUGACAAUAGAAAACCUAACUUGGACGUUCGGCAUGCACUCUCUGGUGUAAAGGUAAAGUUGGAGAUCGAUGAUGACCAUAGGAAGCCUAACUUGCACGGGUGCAAAAUGGUGCAUGGCCAGAAGAAGCCAGGGAGGAGAGGCCGUCGGGUCAAGUAUGGGAAGGACAGUCGCUAUGCAUACAUCAUGUCAAUAGCACAUCGAAUGAAGUUGUCCCCUAACAGUUUGGUAUCAGGAGUUGAAGGAAGGUUAUUCCAUAAUGUAUUUGACCACCUGAUUGAUGCAAUCGUAUCAUCUCACACUGAUGGGAGCGGUGAAAAGGCUAUAGAAGUCGACAUUGGCUUAGAUGAAUGCAAUUCUCUAGUGCCUCUUGUCAAUCGAGAAUGCCUCCUAAAGAAAAUCUUGACACUCCUGCUCUGCAUGUCACGCCGGCGCCAUUAUAAUCCACCACCUGAAAGUGAAAUUGUGUACUAUAGAGAACUUAAGGGACAUAUCAGAUGUGUAAUUGCAUACCAUGAAGCGAAGGGGAGAUCAGAAGAUGUCCACUGGGAAUAUUCAAAGGAUCCAUCAGGUUAUCAUAGUUUGUCAUGCUCGCAAACAAUAUCAGCUGUCGAGGAGCUUAUAGAGUUGACAGGUUCCCUUAGAAAGGCAAACCUGCAGUUUCGGGAGUUAAGUCAGAACAAUGUUUCAGUUUUAGCACCUGCUAUUGCUAUGCAUGUGAGGAUGGAUUUCAAAUCUCUGCUAGAACCAGAUUGGAGUGUUGAAAGGACCAACGCGUUCUACUACAGCAAGUUGAUUUUGGUUCUGCAUGAUCUUAAAUGUUCAGGCCUGGUAGGUCUGUCUCCUGAGAGCAAUGAGAAGAAAUCAAUUAAUACUUUACUGGAUUAUAUGACAUCUAGCCAUUUACGUGUAAAGAAAGAAUAUGAGGUGUGUGACUCCUCUGUAUGCAAACCAGUUGGUGCUACUACUCGGAAGCGAGGAUGGAGAUCAUCUUCUCUGUUCUGGGUCCUCUGCUGGAGGCUCGGGGCAGGUCUUCCGUCCACGGUGUGCUUGCGGCUCUUCGGAGCUUCGACGCAUCUUCCCUCUUGCUGGCGUUCGUGAUGGCGGCGCCGGAGUUCGAAGAUCUGGAUGAAGGUGAUGGCGUUGACCAAGUUGGUGUUGCUCAUCGUGCGGGAUGGAGGCAUAGCGCCGAGGACCGUCGACUUCCUUGCUGCCUGAGGGCUCUUCCCAGUCCAACGUUUGUCGGAGGAGUGGCCGCGGGAUUCGCCGGCGGAGCGUGCCGUGCGAGCAGGAGGACAUCAGAGCUCAGAAGGACUUAUUUGUAUUUUUUCUUUGUUUCUGGGUUUAUCUGUAAGAUGCUUGGUUAAUGAAAUCGGCUUUAUCUGCGCAAAAAAAAAGGAAGCGAGGAAUAACAGAUAUAUUGAUGGACGAUGGCGACGAUGAUUUUUACCCAAUGGGUCCACUGAUAUUUACAGCUGGCUUUUUUGAUGGGAGAUUGGUAGAAUAUAUGACGCAGCUGAGGAGAUCCUGCUUGGUCUUGAUGCUACACAUUAUGGACAAACUGGAACCUUACUGUCACCCUGUGAACUUAUUUCCUGUGGACGAUAAUAUUAUGCUUGAAUGGUUGAAGCAAGUGAAGUUCAAUAGAGCAAGAAAUUCUGCAAAUGACGUUCAUCGUUCUGUUUUACUUGCGCACUAUGCUGCUUCACUUAUUCAAGGAAUCUCUUCUAGCGUGGAAGGUGCAUGUGCAGAGUUGACUGAUAUGUUGCGAAGGCAGCAGCAUUACUAUGAAUUUGCACCUCAGGCUCUUCUAGUGUUGCUGCUUUUAGAUUCCAGUGCAUUUAGAAACACAGGAGAGAUGAUGGCCGGACUGCAAGAUCAUGAAGCUCCGAACUCAGAUUGCAGUACUUCUCGUCAAUGUGGUGCGACUCCUGUGAACUGCCACAGUGGCGCCGAGUCGAGCGGCAAUGGAGUGAAGUGUGGAGAUAGUGACACAGACAAUGUGAAGAUUCUCGCAACCAUCUUCCAAGUCCUGAAGGACAUUGGAACAUCAGAUGCACUUGGCGCACCGUCCCCUAGUGAGGUGAUAAUACUAGACCAGAUUAUGGAGCAUGUCUCCUUGUGUGUCGAUGGCUUUCUGUCAACCAAGGCGUAUCAAAAGGAAAGAGACCUGAGAAGGUGCCGCUGUGUGGGUUCAGAGCUGUUUCGUCUUAGAGCCAGCGGAGUUCCCAAACAUUUGUAUUAUGGGUGUGUGUUCGGGGCGGAAGUCAUGUCUGAGCGGUUAAAACAACUCCAAGAGGGCUUCAAUCUUUUGAUCCAGGCAUUGCAGAAAGUGGAGGUUAUCUAGAGGACUUGCAGAAACUAGAGCCAGCCUAUCUGGGCCCACGCGGCCAGCCUUGGUGGCGAUAUGUC